UCUGACAGUUACCAGCUGAGUGGUAAUCAGACCAAUUUGUUACAAAAAACAUAAAAUUUCACGUGUCUUCAGUUAAAUUGAAUGAAAAUAUACAGUUUUUAAAUUAGUAACAAUGACAAAAGUUAUAACCAGAGCCGAAGUUAAGAAAAACAGGAGCAGGAGAAACCUUUGGUUGAUAAUACACGAUGAUGUGUACGAUGUAACCAAAUUUUUAGAAGAGCACCCUGGAGGUGAGGACACCCUUCUAGAUGCUGCCGGGUCUGAUGCCACUCAAGCUUUUGAAGAUGUAGGCCACAGUGAAGAUGCAAGAGAACUCUUGAAGCAGUAUAAAAUUGGAUCCCUGCCAGAUGACGAAAAAGCUAAGCAACCUGUUCCUGUACAAGCUUGUUGUAAACGACCACGCUGCCCAAGAAACAGUAAAACAUGUGCUAAAGAUUGCACUUCGAGCAACAGUUGCAUGAUCGAACAUAAGAAAGAGAAAGAGAUGGCCAAGAAAGAUCGCAAGGCAAAAAACAGUGAGCCUUCUAGUUGUCAGGCACUUAAGCCACCUAUUACGAAAAAAAUUGCGAAAAAUUGGCGGACUUUCGAUGCUCCGGACAACACAAGCCCUCUCACGGCCAAGAGUUCUAGAGGCACUCGCUUCGUGGUACCACCGGACAAAUGCGAUGAAACGCCAACGUCGACGUCUGCCGCCGGGAAAAUUGUUGCUGACUGCCCACACAGCCCAGCUGUUCAUAAGAAGGCCAAAAAAGGGUGUGAGAAAAAACGGCCGCGCGGUCUUCCCUGCGACCAGUGUGGUGGUGGAAGUAAUUGGAAGUGGUUAGCCCUCGCAGCCCUCAUACUCGGCGCUAUAGCUGUUGGCGCGAUGGUGGUCAAGAAGAACGCUUAAACAUAUCUAGCACAAUUAUAUCGCCAUGGUGUCGUCUCUUUCACACA